AUGUCAGCUCCUGAUUAUUACCAAAUUCUCGGUGUUUCUGAAGGUGCUUCUGAAGUAGACAUCAAAAAAGCAUACCGCAAGCAAGCUCUUAAAUAUCACCCUGAUCGUAACAAGGAAGCUUCAGCCAAGUUACACUUUCAACAGAUUAGUGAAGCAUUUGAAGUUUUGAAUGAUAAGAAAAAAAGACGUGAAUAUGAUUUGGAAAGAUCUAGCUCUAAAGGCAACAAUGAAUUUCCAUAUUUUGCAGAAGAUUUAUUUGCUCAAUUUUUCUCAAACACUCGACCUUAUUCGCCUUCUUCUUCUGCAAGUGAUGAAGAUGACUUUUUGUUCAAUGAUAUGUAUGGAUCAAGAGAUUCUUUCCAUCAGUCCCCACCAUCGUCUCCAUUAUCUUCAAGCUAUAAGCCCAAAUCAAUCAAGCGGCCUUUACAUGUAUCUUUGGACGAUCUCUAUACCGGCACGACCAAGCGGCUCAAGGUAACACGUACAUUAGCCAAUCAGACAACCGACAAGAUAUUGACAGUCAAUGUCAAGCCUGGUUCCAAACAAGGCUCAAAGAUUUGUUUUCCUGGUGAAGGCGAUACUUUACCUUCUGGUGCUCAACAAGAUAUUGAAUUUGAAAUUCAAGAAAAGCCUCAUGAUGUCUAUACGCGUCAAGGAGACAAUUUAUACAUGACUCUAAGGAUCACUCUGCUUGAGGCGCUUACUGGAUUUAAAAAGACCAUUAAAAAGCUGGACGGUACAACAACACUAAUCACUUCAAGCGAAAACCGUAUCAUUCAGACAGGUCAUGAAGAUAUUCUUAUUGGUGAAGGCAUGCCAAAAGAACAAUCAGGAGAAAGAGGAGAUUUAAUUGUUCGUUAUCAAGUCGAAUAUCCUGAAUCGUUGACCAUAAAACAACGCCAGGUACUUAAAAAAGUGCUUGUAUGA